UGGCGAGAAAGUCGGAUUGUUUUGCCUCGUAGCAACACAAAAUUGGCGAAUAUUUAUCACACCCAGAACUUUUAUUGCUCUUAUUAUCAUUCCUGAGGACAAUGACUCCGUGAUCAAUGCACUGGUGGACGAAUCCGUCACCAGUGUCACCGAUCAUGCGUCUAAUUUCACUCGCCAUGGCCACUCAAAAAAAAGGACAUGUCACCCAACCCCUGCGGUCCAAAUCAACCAAUUCUAAACCAAAUAAACCUUUAGCCAGAACCUUAGCCACUGGAGUUAGUCACAAAUCACGAUCAGACAGCUCGAUCAUCAAUGGACUGCGUACACUUUCUAUCAAUGAUCGCUCAAAUGCUACCACACCGGCUUCUACAAAAAUAAGGCAGAGUCCUAUUGCGAGAAGAAUAUCGAGUGCCAGCAGUAGAUGUCAAUCCCUGGAAGAUAUAGCUCGGUAUAUUCUGGCAAAAAAAGCCAAGAAUAUUGUCAUAAUGGCUGGAGCUGGUAUAAGCACGUCCAGUGGAAUUCCAGAUUUUAGAUCACCUGGAACUGGUCUCUAUGACAAUCUCAAACAGUACAACAUCCCGUACCCAGAAGCAAUCUUUGACAUCGACUACUUCACAUAUAAACCCAAGCCUUUCUUCACGCUAGCCAAGGAGCUGUACCCCUCAGGGAAAUACAAGCCAAACUAUAUUCACUAUUUCUGCCGCAUGUUACACGAGAAGGGCCUGUUGCUACGAAUGUACACACAGAAUAUCGAUGGCUUUGAAAGAUUGGCAGGAAUCCCUCCUUCCAAACUUGUCGAAGCUCAUGGAACUUUUGCCACUGCCACUUGUACAGGAUGUCGCAAGACUUACCCCGGAGAAGAAAUCAAAGAGGAUAUCUUCAACAACAAGGUCCCAUAUUGUAGGAACAGACGAUCUUGUCCCGGCGUGAUAAAACCUGAUAUUAUAUUUUUUGGUGAGGACCUCCCUCGGCGAUUUUGGUACUACUUGCGAGACUUCCCACAAGCUGAUUUAUUGAUUGUGAUGGGAACAUCUUUAGAGGUGGAGCCGUUUGCAGGGAUUGUUGACUGCACCCGAUUCAAUACUCCACGCGUCCUGCUCAAUAUGAAAGCUGUCGGGCCGUUUAAGAAUAAAAAACGCUCUAACGAUGUUGUAGUACAAGGUGACCUGUUAGAAAGUGUUCAACGUUUUGCAAACAUUCUUGGCUGGAAACGAGAGAUGAAUGACCUCAUUUUCAACGAGAAUCAAAAAGUUCCUGAGUUUGGUGCCAAUGCCGCUUCCCCUCAAACUGCCGAUGAUUCAAAAAGAGAAACCCCUCCAUCUGUGACAGAAAAUGGUGCUAGCAAUUCCAGUUCUCAAACAAUGCAAGAAUCUCGUACAACCGGACUGCCCCCUGCGGGCAAACACACCACUAAACCGAACAGUCAGAAUGGCACAAAUAGCACAAAUAGCCAAAAUCGGCAGUAUCACACGUUCAGUGCAAAGGGGCGAUUACAAAACCCUAAACCCCCAAUCGCGCUAUUCAGGGGUAGGCAGACUGUUAAAAACAAUGGCAAUGACAAUAAAACAGGAGUUAGGUUGCCGCAGUUGAAUAAGUAUUCAUCGCAGCGUUUCAGUGCAUACCAGGAUGCCCUGAUGCAGCUGAAGCUUCGUCAGCGGUAUGGACCAGGUGCUGCAUCUAGUUCGAGUUCGGAGGACACCAGUGAGGAAUCGGAAGAGAGCUCAUCAGAAUCGGAUUCAGAUGAUUAAACUUUCACGUCUGUUUCUGCAUGGAAAAGUUUUCUUGUCAUGAGCCCACUGUUAAUGGCUUCGUGCUUUGGGUAUGAAUUCUGACAUUUCUCUGACGGGGCGUAAUAAUCUGACGGACUUCAACAGACUAUGUCUGAUAUUUCUUUUACUAGUUUUAUAGUGAUGAAGUAAUAUUCUAUUGUUGUACUAUAUGUUAUCAUGGUUACCUUGAAAAGUGAGAUUGCACAAUUAGAAAUGUCUAAGAUGUGGCCUUUUGCUUCUUCAGACCUUUGGUUUCGAGCUGGAUACUGUAAGCUGAAGUUAAAUCCAAAUCACUGAACUAAACUGAAAAUACUGAUCACUAUUUAUUCAAAGCACCAAAAGAGGGGGCCUUGUAGCUGGCAUUGCCUUUGUGGUCCAGAAUCGUCUAUAUCCCUGAUAUAUGAAUACAUGGUCAUUUGUUUAUUUUUUCCUGUUUUGGUGGUGGUUUAUGGAAAGUGCUUAUUUUUGCCGUAAUUUAUGCUUUCAUUGAUCGUAUUCAAAAGUGCACUUAUUGAUGUUGAAUUUUUGUUUCCAAAUGUUUCCCAAUGUUGCUAUAUUUGAUAAAAGCCAGGUAUCAUCCUUAUUUGUAAAUCUAUCUUCCAGGUAGUGUAGCUUUGUUCAAAUUGAAAAUGCACAUCAUCAUCAUCAGGUUCCUUGAUUAUUGAACAAAUCAAUAGGUUAAUUUAGUCACAUUUCCAAUGUAUAAUAUUGGUUUAAAAUUGACAAGAGUUAAAAAUGGAGAGAAGCUCUUGUAACUUACAUCUUUGUAUACGGCUUAAUAAGCUGUCCUUGUCAUUAAAAUGACAAAAACCUUUCCAAUGGCACUCUCGAAUUCAUCCAGGAUCGGAGAAGGGGUCAAAGUGAUAAAGGUUUUGGUUUCUGUUUAGUUUAUGCUUAAUUGGUAGGUCCAGCUCUUGUAGCAAAUGUUGCCAAUUGUGAAAAUUGUAUGUUCAGAAGUUCUACCAGUUAGAAAUUACCAACUGAAUAUCAAGAAGAAAAUGAAAAUAGAAUAAAGGUUAA